UGAUCGUCGACGGGUUAGGUUACUGCUGGGCCUUGCUUGGUCAUCGCGAAAGCCAUCAUCCCCAAGGUAAAGAACAUGCCUGACGAACAUCGGUGAGGGCGUUGCAAAAAGGGUUCUUGUUCGUGUACCAGUAGUAGAUCAUUCUAGGAGCGUUCUGCCCUCCAAACCUCACAAACCUCCUCAUCUUGGACCUCUUGACGAAAAUUCCUCAGAAGCCCGACGUGCACCGGCCUGCUGAUGUGAGCGUCGAUCAUGGAUGAAAAUACCAUUUACCUGGUGACCGGUGCUGGCCGCGGUCUCGGCCGUGGCCUUGUCGAAACCCUCCUCCUGCGUCCCAACACCACGGUCAUUGCCGCGACCCGCACCCCCACGCCUUUCCUCACCUCCCUGCCCGCCCGCCCGGGCAACAGGCUCAUCCUCGUGACCAUCGACAGCGCCUCGCCCACCAGCGCCCUCGCCGCGGCCGAGCACAUCCGCGAGGAGCACGGCAUCGCCAGGCUGGACGUGGUCAUCGCCAACGCCGGCGUCGGCGCCGCCGCGCCCGCGCCCGUGGCAGAGGUGCCCGUCCGGGACGUGCACGACUGCGUGGCCGUCAACGCCGUCGCGCCGCUGCUGCUCUUCCAGGCCACGUGGCCGCUCCUGGAGAGGGCGGCCGGGCCGCCCAAGUUCGUUGUCAUCUCGAGCGUCGCCGGGAGCUUGGGCCGGGUGUCCGGGUACGCCCCGCUGUGUGCGGCGUACGGGAUGUCCAAGGCUGCUGUCAAUUUCCUGGUCAGGAGGAUGGGGAGGGAGAAUGAGCGGUUGGUUGCUUUGGCGUUGCAUCCUGGCUGGGUGCAGACAGACAUGGGGAACGCGGCGGCCGUCAGGUUAGGGAUGACGGAAGCUCCUGUCGAGAUCUCCACGUCCGCCAGAGGAAUUCUUCAAGAAAUUGAUUCCGCUACUAAGGAGUCGAGCGAAACGUUUUAUACAUUUGACCAUCAAAAGCUGCCGUGGUAAGGCAAGGUGUAAUGUAGUCUACUAAUUAGUUUCGUUAAUCAAAGAUUAUAA